GAUAUCAAUCUCUAUAAUAAACCUUUUCCCCAACGAGAAAGGAAUCAAAAUCCCGUCCAGGUUUCUCUCAGUCCAAAUCUCGAACGCCAUGUCGUCAUCGCCUUCAUUCGACCAGGACGACGAAUCCUUCGAGCACACUCUGCUGGUGGUCCGAGAGGUCUCGGUCUUCAAGAUCCCGCCUCGAUCGAGCAGCGGCGGUUACAAGUGCGGCGAUUGCGAGAUCAGGCUUGAGGAUCCCAACUCCGGCGAUCUCUUCGCCGCCUGCUUCGUGCUCCCCGGACAGAGGGAGAGCUCCGUGGAGACCGUGCUCGAUUCGUCGAGGUAUUUCGUGCUGAAGAUCGAGGAUGGGACGGGGAAGCACGCCUUCGUAGGGCUAGGGUUUGGGGAGAGGAACGAGGCGUUUGAUUUCAAUGUGGCGUUGUCGGAUCAUGAGAAGCAUGUGAGGAGGGAGGGAGAGGGGGAGGGAGGGGAGGAGGGGGAGGACGGUGGGAAGAUUGAUAUUCAUCCCGCCGUCAACCAUCGCCUCAAGGAAGGUGAAACUAUCAGGAUAAAUGUGAAAAGUAAGCCAACUGCUGGAACUGGCAUGCUCUCAGCUGCUGGCUUAUCUGCCGGAGGCUCUGGUGCAAAAAAACCAGGACUGCUUCUUUCACCCCCACCUGCUACAACUGGGAAGAUCAGGUCUCCUCUUCCGCCUCCACCUAAUGACCCUGCUAUUGCUCGGAUGAAGUCAGGUCAUGGUGCUGAUGUCAAGGAUUCCACAGAACCUGCAAGGCGACCGGUUGAUCCUUUAUCAGAUCUUUCCCAGAUUCAGAGAAGCCUGCCUUCUACAACUGGGUCGAGGUCAACCAAGACCACAGCGUCAGGGUGGGCGGCAUUUUGAGUUUGUUGAAGCAGAGUCUCAGCUUGAGUGAUCCAUGUCUAUAUGAGGGAGGCAAGAAAUGAUAAAAGAGAGAAAUGUAUGAGAGCUGAAACUAGAGGCUUAUUUUCGUUCAAAGGAGACGCAUGUUUGUGGGUUUGUGUAUUUCCCUUAUAACUUAAAGCAAUUCUUACAGCAGAUAUAUUUACUUUCUUGAUGUCAUAUGACUUUGAAACUUUGUACGUGUGUGUUUUGAACAUCUCAUUUACCAUAAAUAUCAUCACACUUUUCUUCCC